CUUGCCUUCCUGCGCCUCCCGCCAAGCCGAGAACUGUCAGCACGCAGUUUCGCUGAACAGGAAACGGAGUCCCAGGGACUGUGUCCGUCUCCCCGAGGCCGCCCAGGGAAAGGUGGGCGGGUUGGGGCUUGGCGGGCUCUCCCCAAAGUGCGCUGGAGAAUCCAGCCUCGAGGCCUUUGCGCUGGAUGUGCCCUCCGCCUGGGCUGCCCUUCCCCCCACCUCCUGCGGCAGUCACCUCCUCAAUAUGGACCUUCCAGAUGUCCCCCACAUCUGCAGGGGGCCCGGGCUGUUUCCUCUGAGCACCUGAUCUCAAGACCCCACCCCCUCCGGAACCUCCUGCUCCUGCUAUGGACCCUCCUGAACUGUGGUUUGGGAGGCAGUGCUCAGGGUCCAGGGGAGUGGACACCAUGGGGUUCCUGGAGCCACUGUUCCAGCUCCUGUGGGCAGGGACUCUCUGUGCGAAGCCGGCGCUGUGUCCGGUUCCCCAGGGAAGAGCUGUGCUGGGGGGACACCCAUGAGUACCGCCUCUGCCAGCUGCCAGACUGUCCCCCAGGAGCCAUGCCCUUCCGAGACCUCCAGUGUGCCCUCUACAAUGGCCACCCUGUCCUGGGCCCCCAGAAGACUUACCAAUGGGUGCCCUUCUAUGGUGCGCCCAACCAGUGCGACCUCAACUGCCUGGCCGUGGGACAUGCCUUCUACCACAGCUUUGGCCGCGUCCUGGAUGGUACUCCCUGCAGCUGGGGUAGCCGGGGACUCUGCGUGGCUGGCCGCUGCCUCAACGCCGGCUGUGACGGUUUGAUGGGCUCGGACGCCCGCGAGGACCACUGUGGUCGCUGCGGCGGCACCAACGACUCGUGCCUCUUCGUGCAGCGCGUGUUCCGUGACACCGGAGCCUUCGCAGGAUACUGGAACGUGACUCUGAUCCCCGAGGGCGCCAGGCACAUCUACGCUGUCCAUCGGAGCCGAAACCACCUGGCGCUGAUGGGGGGCGACGGGCGCUACGUGCUCAAUGGCAACGGGGAGGUGAGCCCGUCCGGGACGUAUGAGGCGGCGGGCACCCGCGUGGUCUACACCCGCGCUGCGUGGCCGGAGGAGACGCUGCGCGCGGCCGGACCCACGUCCCAAGACCUGCUCCUGCAGGUCCUCCUGCAGGAGCCCAAUCCCGGCAUUGAGUUCGAGUUCUGGCUCCCUAGGGAGCGCUAUGGCCCCUUCCAGGAGCAGGCCCAGGCCCUGGGCUGGUCCCUGAGGCAGCCGCAGCCUCUGGAGGUGGAGCCCCAGUCCCUUGAGCCCCAGGAAGCCCUGGCUGCUUUCCCCACACAGACCCCAAAGCCCACCCCAGAUCCCUGCCCACCCUGUCCCGACACCCGCGGUCGUGCCCACCGGCUGCUCCACCUUUGCGGCAGUGACUUUGUGUUCCGGGCUCGAGUGCUGGGCCACCUCCGCCAGGCCCAGGAGACCCGCUAUGAGGUGCGUGUGCAGCUUGUCUACAAGAACCGCUCACCACUGCAGUCCCUCGAGUAUGUGUGGGCACCUGGCCGCUGCCCCUGCCCACCAAUGGCCCUCCAUCGAGAGUACCUGCUGGCUGCCCAGCGCCUUGUCAACCCCGAUGGCACUCAGGACCGGCUACUGCUGCCCCAUGCUGGCUAUGCCCGGCCCUGGAGCCCCGCCGAGGACAGCCGAGUACGCCUGGCUGCCAGACACUGCCCUGUCUGAGCCCCCAGACCAGGAAGAUGUGCCUGACCAGGCUCAAACUCAACCUAUUUCCUCUCUUGCCUGGCUUCCAAGGAGCUCAGAACUAUCUCCCACCACAGCUAUGUACCUCUCCCUCAUACACACUUACACACCUUUGCGUACCGUCAGUCAGAUCCACUCUCGCAGUAGGCAGGCGCUGAUGAGAAAACACUGAAUUGCUUCUUUAACUCUGAUUUCUUCUCUCACCCUCACCGCCAGGAAACUCAUAGCUUUCUUUUACUCAAAAACUUUGUGUCUACUUUUAUUCCCCUUGCCUUGCACUCACUUGCUUAGAGAGACACUCAUACGCAAGCAGGGCCCAUAGGAAGACAUGCCUAAGGAGACAUUGUAAUGUAUCCGUUUCCCCUCUUGCCUUGGCUACCAGGAAGCUCCUCACUAUGUAACUCCCUGAAACUCUGUGCCCUCUCUUCUUGCUGCCAUUUACCCGUUCACCACAAUGUAUUCAGAGACACUGUCACAGACAGACAUACCCACUAGAACACAUGCCUAACUGGGCUCUGUAACACACUCAUUUCCCCUUUGUGCUGACUACCAGAAGGCUCCGAGAUCAUCUUUCUCUUUCAAUUUUGUAUUGAUUUCAGGUGUACAGCUCAGUGGUUAGACAAUCAUAUACUUACCUAGUGUCCCUUUGAUAUUUCCAGUGCCCAAUUAGCAUCCUACAUAGUUAUCAUAUUAUUGACUAUAUUCCCUAUGGUUUACUUUACAGCCCCAUGACUAUUCAAAGAUAAUUUUGACAACCUCAGCAAUUCUAGAAGGGGUUCCUCCAGUCCACACUGCUGUUCACCCCUUUUAUAUUUCUACUUAGUUUUUACAAGCUAUUUUUUAAAACAAGGGCACACUUGGCCACAGAAAUGUGUGGAUGCACUAGUAGUGGGAUCCACAACUGUGCUCUCACAGCGUGUACACAUGUGAUCUCACAAACCCCAUCCCCUCUACCUGGUCCAUUCCCCACCUCCCUUCAGAAUGUCUGACACUUUGUGGGAGGGGAGGACAGGGACUAUAUGAGGAUGGGGGGUGAGUACGGGGUAAACAUGGCUUUUAUAGGUCCCACGCCUCUUCUCCAGGCCUGCUUCUUCCUGUGUUGUCAUAGAUUCUCUUCAUUUAUUCUUCUGGAGCAAGAGGGCAGACAUCAGUCAUGUGAGAAGGGAGGGUGUGUGGGGGGGCGUGGCUCAGCAAACCCUCCCCCACUCUGGAUGGGGGCACCGUCUUCUGCCUCCCCAUCCGGAUGGGUGCCCCACACUGUCAUUUUGGGACAAUCUGCUCUUCUGUACCAUCAUGGCUGUGUUUUCCCCGCUAGCAUGGAUACUGGCAGUGGGCAAGGGGCACACAAUAUGCAGGUCUCAGAGCUGGAUGGGCUCAGCCCCUAACUUUGCAGAUGGCCUGAGGCCAGACCACUCCCCUCUCCUGGCCUUAGUUUCCCGGUCUGUGAGUACCCUUUUAGCGCUUCCUGGCUCUGAUCGUGGGAAUCACUCUUCUGGAUUCCUUCCCUAGCCCCUCAGUUCACUCAUGCAUUCCUCCAACGGGUAUUUAUUGAGUGCCUACUGUAUGCCAGGGGCCCAGCAGUGCUUAGACCAUCCCAGGCCUGGCUCUGUCAUCUGCAACGAGUGCUGAAGCUGGAGAAACCUCAGAGCCUCGUGGGCAAAGUGGGAUGCAGUCCUGGAGGGAGGUGUGGGGCCUGGGCGCCCACUGGUGGCAGGAUGGGGGAAAGGUAGUCAAGGCACUGGUUACCUGCAGCCCUGAAGGGCCCUAUGCUUAUGUACCUCCUCCUCCACACCCACUUCUCUCAUCUGCACUUGCCUUCCUCAGUAAUGCCUCUCCUCCCCCACCAGCCUUACACCAGCACCCACUUACGGCUCCAUUCUUCCCACCACUGGCCUGAGGUGGUCCCCUCUGCCUCCAUGCAGUAUGGGGAUAUGUCUGGGAACAAGGGUCUCAGGCCUUUUCAGCCCCAGAGCUCCUAAUCCCAAAGCAUCUGGACUGGCUGACGAGAGGCGACUGCUCCUGGGAAGGGCCAGCACAGAGUCUCCUCCGGCAGGCAGGGUGGCCCGUGGCCACGAGCAGUGACUUCCCCAGCCCUUCACAGCUCCCCCUGUAAUGGUCUUGUAACACUCCCAGUAAACAUGCCAUUGUUUUGAUCUGCUCUUUCGUUCGUUUUAAAGCAGUCUAACCCUUUAAAGAGAGAAGAAAACCUUGCAAUUCUAAAGUUGCUCAAAUUCAACAGCGUGGUGGUUCAGGAAGGAACUACCAUUUGUACUUGCCAAGCAACGUAUUACGCUGUUUUGCAUUGAAACACUAAUGACUCCAGGUGGUUACACAGAAUGACAGAAACAAAGUGAAGCAUUCUGUUUUUUUUUCUCUUUCCAGUCAGUCCUCAGCCCUUUUUCAUUAGUUACUGUGUCCCUGCAGGGAUACUAGUCUAGCCCCUCUGGGUCAGAGGCACACACAUUGCCCGGAGUGACUGCAAAUGGGCAGGAACCUCCUCUAGAAGGAAGCACAGGUGGCCCAUCCUUGCUUGUCCAGAACUGGGAAUUCUCCACAUUGACUUCCCACAGAUGGUGAUGUUUAUUAAAAGAUGAAUUAAAACA